AUGGGAAGGUUCAACAUUCUCCCAAAUGAUAUUAUGCUUGAAAUUCUAACUCGUUUACCAACUGAAUCUGUACUGAACUGCAAAUUGGUGUGCACGACAUGGAAUAAUCUUGUUCAUCAUCAUCCAUCGUUCUCUCAGCUGCACUUGAAUCGUCUUCUUAUUUCUGAUGCAUAUGAUUCCGGUAAGUUUAGGUUUAUUGUCUUAAGUCGUGAACGAGGGAUUAUAGAAAUGUCUUAUGGUGAGUAUGAUGAUGAUGAUUGUCAUGAUACACUCUUUAGUAGAAUUACAAUGAUAAAUUUAAGCUCUCCAUUUGUGGAUUAUUCAUUUGUUGGCUCGUGCAAUGGUUUAGUUUGCUUCAAUGCAUUGAUUGAAGACGAAGGUGGUUAUAUAUAUCUGUAUGGACCUGCGUUUAUCUGUAAUCCGAUCACCAGGGAAUAUAUAAUCCUUCCAGAAUAUGAAGGACAGUACUGGUGGACUGGAUUCAGUUACAUUCUUUCGACCAAUGAGUACAAAAUUGUUAGGGUAUACGAGUCAGGCGGAGACUCAAAUGUCGGAAUUGUUGAGGUAUACACUCUUGGAAGUGGAACUGGAUGGAGAAAUGCAGGAACCAUGGACUUCGAUAUGAAUAACGUUACCAACCGUGUUGGUGCGUUCGCAAAUGGCGCUCUUCAUUGGGCGGACGAAAAAGGAACCGUUGUUCUUGCUUUCCAUCUGGCCGAUGAGAAGUUUAGCGAAAUUCCAUCACCACCACCUUGUUUGAGACGAGCUGAUGUUCCAUAUAUUGAAUAUGAAAUGAAACUAGGAGUUUUAGGUAAUUUUUUAAGUGCUGCUUUUUAUUACGAUACUGGUGAUUGUGACAUAUUGUUACUCAAGAAGAAUAAAGAUAACAAUGAAUUCAGUUGGAGUAAAGAGUUUAGUUUUGGCAAUAAAGAAUUAACCACGGAAAUGACACCGGUUGUGUUAACAAAGAGCGGAAGGCUUGUGUACUAUGGGUGUGGAGAAAUAUAUAGUUAUGAUCCAGAAACUUCAUCUGCCAAAGUGGAUCCGUGGUUUGGCAAGUCUAUUUCUCAAGUAAUUCAUCACAAGAAUACUUUGGUUUCAUUGAAAGUGUUAGGAGAAAAGGAUACAAAAACAAUGGAAUCUAGUGAGUGA